CCAGCUGACCCGGCCGCUCUCCCUUAGCUUGCUGCUGCCCGGGCGUGCAGGGCCCGGCUGCCGCCAUGUCGGGCCCGUUUGAGCUCUCGGUGCAGGAUCUCAACGACCUGCUGUCGGACGGCAGCGGCUGCUACAGCCUCCCGAGCCAGCCCUGCAACGAGGUCACCCCCAGGAUCUACGUGGGCAACGCGUCUGUGGCUCAAGACAUCCCCAAGCUGCAGAAACUGGGCAUCACCCAUGUCCUGAACGCGGCCGAGGGCAGGUCCUUCAUGCACGUCAAUACCAGUGCCAACUUCUACAAGGACUCUGGCAUCACCUACCUGGGCAUCAAGGCCAACGACACACAGGAGUUCAACCUCAGCGCCUACUUUGAAAGGGCGGCAGACUUCAUCGACCAGGCCCUGGCUCAGAAGAACGGCCGAGUGCUCGUCCACUGCCGUGAGGGUUACAGCCGCUCCCCGACUCUCGUCAUCGCGUAUCUCAUGAUGCGUCAGAAGAUGGAUGUCAAGUCUGCCCUGAGCAUCGUCAGGCAGAACCGUGAGAUCGGCCCCAACGAUGGUUUCCUGGCCCAGCUCUGCCAGCUCAAUGAUAGACUAGUCAAGGAGGGGAAAUUGAAACUCUAGGGCGCCCUCACUGCCUCUUCUCUAGAGGUCGGAUGGAGGGAGGCGCCCUGGUUGUGGUGUCCCAAGCUGCCAUGUUUAGGAAACACAGUGUACCCUGCUCCCAGCAUCACCAGGCACUUGCCCACAAGUCUGUCCCAACACAGCCCUGGGCCACUUUCCCCCUGGGGAGCAUAUGAAGAAGCUUGCUGAGGAGGGCAUUCCUGCUCCCUGGUGCCUACAAUUUAUGAUGUCCUCACCCUGAGGAGGGGGCGCAGAGGGGGCGCAGGCCUGUGACGGGCGUGCUUCUCCUGGAUGGCCCAGGGCAAGGGGUGUGUGGAGGUGUAAGGCCUGAGAUGCUCACAGGGACCCCUCCCCGCCUCCCCACCCUUCACCCCUGGGCCCUCUCCUGAGUGGGGACCCCAGCCCUGUAAAGGAACUAUGCAAACGCGGGCCCCUCUCCCCCCACCAUGUCUGUCUCCCCUGUCCCCUCACAGCUGUCCACACCCUGCUCGUAGGCAGAGGCACGUCGUGAGGUCUGAAGUUGGCUCAGGGUCAGUUGUCCGUGGGUGGAAAUUCCCAUGAAGAGACUGCAUUUUAAUGAUUUCCUUAGGAUUAAAGAUACCGAAACAAAGAAGCCUUUGAGUGGGCACAUACAUGUCCCUGGAGGGCUCUCCUAAAUUGUUUAAAAAAUGUGACUUCUUGGAAGGCUUGAGUUCAGAAUCCACCUCUUCGGGGUACCCGGCUCACAGAGGUCACUUGGUCAGUUAGAAGAGCGAUGCCUUGGGCAGGGUUUUAUUUUUCUUUUUUAGAAAACAGGGUGUUGAAGUCCAGCCUAUUUAAAAACCCCACCAUUUGGAGAAUUACAAGGGUUUUGUCCUGAAUUAUAGUGUUGGCGAGCCCAAGCCACUCGUGCUCACUGCUUUUUGUCUCGGUUACUAUUCCAAGAACAGGAGGAGGAAGUUGGCCAAUUAUAGCACGUGCGUGCACGUGCGCGCGUGUGCGUAUCUGUGUGUGUGUGUGUGUGUGUGUGUGUGUGUGUGAAAGAGAGAGAGAGAGCAACACAGCCAGUGGCUGGACAAGCAAGGGGUUGAACGGGCCCAGGCUCACAUCCUGCCCACUCACAGGUAGUUCUUCCAGCUCUCUGCUGCCAGAAAAGGUCCAGGAGCCUUGGCAGCAAAAAAUGACUCAACCAGGCAGAAAGGAAACAUGGCGGAACGUCCAAAUGCAGCCUUUACUGGUGGUAGAGGAAACAAAAAGAAACAGCCUCUGUAAGGACUUUUUUAGGAUGACGUCGGAACGCACAAGCACUCACACACGUGUGCAUGUGCGCACAUUUGUCAGAAUAUAGGAGUUUUGUUUUGAACACAGUCUUCUUAGCACUUGACAUGAUUGCCAUCAGGGCAACCGAUGCAGUGCUGUCAUCUUCAGGUUCCCUAACGGCAGAGAGGUGGUCCUCAGCUCUGCCCCCAGUGCUUAGCACAUAGAUGUCUGAUAAAAGUUUGUGGAAUUAAACUUUUUUUUUUUGCGGUACGCGGGCCUCUCACUGCUGUGGCCUCUCCCGUUGCGGAGCACAGGCUCCGACAUGAAGGCUCAGCAGCCAUGGCUCACGGGCCCAGCCGCUCCGCGGCACGUGGGAUCCUCCCGGACCGGGGCAUGAACCCGUGUCCCCUGCAUCAGCAGGCGGACUCCCAACCACUGCGCUACCAGGGAAGCCCUAAACUUUUUUUUUUUUUUUUGAGCACCAAAUAUAUGCAGGGUGUUGUUCUGGGGGGUGUAUCAAGCUCCCAGAAGCCUGACUUGGUGGUAGGAUCACUUGCAAGGAUCUGCAAAGGAGUCUUACCUGAAAGGAAAUAUCAGGGACUUCUGUUGAAUAUUUAAAAUUCAGUUUUGAGUUUCAAUUCAGGCAGCGUCGUUACUGUAUGGAGGUGGGGAAUGUGCCUUUUCCAGAGUUGACCAGAAGCUUCCAGCUAGGUUGAGGAGAAGCAGGUGUGCCUUGGGCCUCACACCCAGGUGUCAUGGUCUCUGUCUUGGCAGAAGCAGCACCUCCGCAGCCUGGAUGUCCCCUUUGCUUUGUGACCUCAGCAGCCCCGAACAAACUAGAAUCUGUCUUCUUUUUCAGCUACGAGGCUGCCCCAAUAAACCCACCUAAGUGACACGGCCACCCUCUCCACCACGUCCCUCGCAGUGCCCAGAUAACUCUCGCAAUUAAUCUAUCUUCAUCCUCACAAUAACCUAUUAACUUGGUAGGACUUAUUCAUGUAUUGUUACCUUUCAGGAAAGGAACUGGGGUUCAGAGUGAGUAGGGGUGUAGUGCUCAGGGCUGCCCAGCUCUAAGGCAGAGCUGAGGCGAGAUUUCAGGUUGGCUGCUCUCUGAAGCUGAAUUCUUUCUCCCCUACUACACUCCUCCUCAAGAAAUGAGCCCCUGGGCCUGUCCGUGACCCAGCUCAUGUGCACAAGAGCCAGUUAGCUUUGUGGCCAGAGGACAGCUGUUCAAGCUGUGGUGUUGGGGGCGGCGGGACUCUGCUCCAGGACAAGGAAGUAAAAAGCGUGGGUCCCCAACCGGGUUAGAAUGUGUGGCUCUUCUUCUAGGAAACAUGUAGCAUCCCUAAGUCAGAGCUUUCUGCUCCACUUCCGGAAGAGGCCCAGGAGCUGGGGCGGGGUCCCCCUGCCACACCCAGGCAGUGGUCCCUGCACAGGACAGCCACAGCUGCUUAGGCCGGCUGACCAGGAUCUCUUGAAGGACUCUUUGUUAGGGGUAUGUUGGAGAAAAGGCCAUGGGGAGAAUUAAUGCCUUCACUUUGGGGCUACUUUUUUGCUGAUAACUUGGGUUUUCUUGAUAGUUUUUAAUCCCAGAAACGCCGUAUUUACUUCACGAGAUGUAACUCCUCAAAAUCAAAUUCUAUUGUUUGAGCCAACACAUGCCCAGCUGUGAGUGGAAAGCUGUUUCUGGAUAGCUUUCUACCCCUGGGAAGUGAUGGGAUAGGAACUCAGGACGCCUCUACCCCCUCCUCUGACCUGAUCUCUUUCUUUGACUAGCAAACCCCCAUCUAGGCCAGAUGAGAGCACCAAACAGUUUUCUUCUAGAUUCUAAAGCAGUACACCUUCCGCAGGCUCUUCUGUUUCCCUGCCACUCUGAGUGAGCUGGAGAGCAGAAAUCACCAUCUGUCAAGCAAGGGGACUCAACUUGAAGACCUCUAAGGUCCCUUUUGGCUCUGACACCGUGGGGUUCUUUAAGAAUCCGCAUUGAUAUUGACCGCCAUCUGGAAAUUAUAGGGUGUGUAACAAUAUGAUGACCAGCAGGUGGCGUUGUGUUCCACCUGUGGUGAUGGAUGCUUGGAAAAGGAAUGUUGGUGCCUUUUGUGUCACAAGUUAAUGAUAAGAUGCUAAUGUUUUAAUCGAAAUAAGCACUGAUCUUAAAAUGUGAACAUAUUAGCUUUUCUCGCAGGAAAUUUUCUGUCAUAAAACCUGCACAGAAACCACUGAAGAGCCAACAACGAUGGUCCUUCCAAGUCAAGAUUUUAUCCUGAUUGGAAAGAGAGGCCAUCUCCGGUUGGGAGAGCAGAUUGUUUGGAAGCUUUACUUACCUCCUGUCAGCUUUUAGGGUAAUUUGAUUGUGAAAGUGUGAAUUUUCUGGACAGAAAAGGGGAAGGUAUUAAAUUGGUUUUAAAAAAAGUAAGUUUAAUGUCUGUUCUAUCACAAAUCAGUGUUAAAACACUAAAACUGUAACCAAAAUAAAUGUCUUACAUUACAAAGAAA